AUGCCUUCGGAACAAGGACACCGCCUCUACGUCAAGGGUCGCCACCUGAGCUACCAGCGUUCCAAGCACGCUCUCAACCCCAACACGAGCUUGGUCAAGAUCGAGGGUGUUGAUGACACCAAGUCCGCCAACUUCUACCUUGGCAAGAAGGUCGCUUUCGUUUACCGGGCCAAGCGUGAGGUCCGCGGCUCCAACAUUCGGGUGAUCUGGGGCAAGGUCACCCGCCCACACGGCAACUCCGGUGUUGUCCGGGCUAAGUUCCGCAACAACCUCCCCCCAAGUCCUUCGGCGCUACCGUCCGCGUUAUGCUCUACCCCUCCAACAUCUAAACGGCUUCUUUGUGUUGUUUUUGUGGGCGAUUCCCUUUACGCGCAGACGGUCGGUCAGGCAAGGAAAAGUCGACGGAACGAGCCGAUGUUGAUUUGA